UCAUGCAGAAAGAUGGCAGUGGUCGAUUAUAUUAUCGUAUUGCAUUAAAUUAUGCUCCAUCAAGCUUACAAUUAGAUGCUGUUAACUAUGGUUUCAAAAUUGAACGAACAUACAUGGCUGUCGGUGAUCCUUCACAUGUUCAAAAACAAUCUGAUGGUAUAUGGAAAUUUAAGUUGGGUGAGAAAGUUAAAGUUAUAUUAAUAAUGACUGUUACACAACGACGAUAUCAUAUAGCAUUGGUUGAUUAUUUACCAGCUGGUUGUGAACCAUUAAAUACACAAUUAAAAGGUACAUUAACAGGUGAUACAGAAUCAGAUGAACGUGCUGAAGCAUUUCGAUCAUUAUUAUGGCCAGGUGUAUAUGAAUGGAGUUAUAUUAUGCGUGCAACAUGUGCUGGCACAUUUAUAGUACCACCAGCCAAAGCGGAAGAAAUGUAUUCACCAGAAAAUUUUGGUCGAUGUGCAUCAGAAAAAGCUGUUAUUAACUAA